AUGGCGACCUCGCACAACACAACGGCUCCUGGCGAGCUUCCCUUUACGCUUGCCGACAAGAACCUCCUGCAGUUCAGUUCCUACGUCAAUGGCGAGUUCGUUGCCGCAAAGAAAGGCAAGACCUUUGAUGUUCUCGAUCCCGGCAACGGCAACGCCUGGGCCUCGUGCCCCGACAACGACGAAGACGACGUCGAGCCGGCGGUCCAAUCCAGCUAUGCGGCGUUCCAGUCCUACUCCAAGUACACGCCGCGAAAGCGAGCGCAACUGCUGCUGGCCUGGCACCAGCUCAUCGUCGCGGCGCGCGAUGACCUGGCCCGCAUCGUCGUCCACGAGACGGGCAAGCCCAUGGCCGAAGCCCUCGGCGAGAUUGACUACGCGACGACCUUUUCCUGGUGGUUCGUCGGCGAGGCCGACCGCGCGCACGGCUCGGCCCGGACGUCCGCCAUCCCCGGCCGACGACACAACGUCGACCCUUCAGGCCUUCCACCGAGAAAUCCAGCAGCUCGCCUCGCCACGAGGGCCGGCUUCCCGCCGGGCGCCCUCAACGUGCUGACGACGAGCCUGGGCAACACGCCGGCCGUGGCCGAGGCGCUGUGCCUGCACCCGCGCGUCAAAAAGGUCAGCUUCACGGGGAGCACCCACGUCGGCAAGCUGAUUGCGGGGCUGUGCGCGCGGAACCUGAAGAAGACGACGCUGGAGCUCGGCGGGAACUGCCCCUUUGUCGUCUUUGACGAUGCCGAUGUCGAGCAGGCGCUGGGCCAGCUGAUGGCGCUGAAGUGGCGCCACGCGGGCCAGGCGUGCGUGACGUCUAACCGCGUCUACGUGCAGAGCGGCAUCUACGACGUCUUUGUGGCCAAGCUCGUCGAGCAGACCAGAGCUCUCAAGGUCGGCCACGGCAUGGACGAGGGUGUCACGAUGGGCGCGCUCACGACACCCCGCGGUCUCGACAAGGCCGAGGAGCUGUAUCGGGACGCCGUUGCCAAGGGAGCCAAGACUGUCUUGGGGACGGGGCAGCGGAUGGGCGGCAGCGGCUACUUCAUGGCACCGACAGUCCUGACCGACAUGACUGACGACAUGGCCAUGAGCCAUGAGGAAAUUUUCGCGCCAAUCUUGGGCGUGUAUCGGUUCGAGAGCGAGGAAGAGGUGACGCAGAGGGCCAAUAACACACCCCUCGGUCUGGCCAGCUAUGUCUUCUCGAAGAAUAUUGACAGGCUAUGGAGGAUGUUUGAAAACCUGGAGGCGGGCAUGAUCGGAAUGAACACAGGCAACAGCUCGGCUGCCGAGGCACCGUUCGGAGGCAUCAAGGAUAGCGGCUACGGGAAGGAGAGUGGCAAGGAUGUGGCUAUUAACGAAUUCCUCAUCAUAAAAACAGGAACGAUGGCUAUUGAUGGACACUAUUAGGAAGGAUAAAAGACUUGAAUUUUUACUGUACGAGCGGUUUCGAACCAAAGCCUCGUUGCGUUUCGGAUUG